AUGCGAUUACCCAGUAUCUUUUUAGUAUUUUUUUACCUCUUUGCGAGGACCUUGUGCUGGUCUCCUGAAGUAAGCUUACUCCAUGGAGUCGACUCGCUUGCGAGUAUUAUACCGUUCGAUGAUUCGUCUACCAUAUUAUCUGUGGGGCGAAAAGGCGUUAAUGUCAGUCAUGACUACGGAAGAACUUGGGAAACAAAAUUGAGAAAUAAGGGUGAAUAUCCGGUAAGUGUAACACUGAAUACUUUUAGACCAAAUAGCAGAGCUUUUGUUUUCUUGAAUGGUAAACUUUACGGAACACAUAACGAAGGUUCUGACUGGUUUGAAAGUAAAUUCCCGAGUGACAGACAACUCACAAAAGCAUUAACAAUUGAUUUUUCACCUUUUGCGAAAGAUGUUAUAAUAGCAAGUUUUGUUGCUAAAGACAAUCAAAAUGAUGAAAAAGAGUUUAAUUAUGUUUCAACCGAUGAUGGUAAGUCUUUCAGAGUUCUAGAUGUAGGCCAAGAAUAUGAAAGCAUGCGAUGCCGGUUUCUGUCGAUAUCGCAUGAAAGUAAUUUUCCUCAUAAUGACAACAUUAUUUGUAUGACGAAAACAAGUAGUCCUGAUCAAAAUAAGUUAUUACUAUCGGAAAACAGAGGAAAGUCAUUCAAAGAGUUGUCAAUUGGUGAAGAUAUUGCCUUUGAUAAUUUUUAUUUGACUAAUUCAUACCUGGUAAUAAGAUCCAUUAGAGACAUACAUAACAAAGCUGCCGAAGUUGAUCUUUAUGUAUCCAGCGAUGCCAAGGACUUCAAGAAGGCUUACCUCCCAACUACCUUGAGAAGAUCUGACAUACGUAGGAUUAUUGAACUACUAGGACGAAAAAUGUUCAUUACUCUUACCCGUAGUAGUGAGUCAAAUGUUCAAGAUGACAAUGGCAAUACAUUAUUUACGGAUGGAUUGGUGUCAAAUUCAGAUGGUUUGAAAUUUACAAGUUUCUCAACAUCCGCCAGUAAAUCUAGAACAACAAUAACGCCAGUGGAAUUUUUGAACGGUACAUUUAUUCAAAAACAGGUUGGACGUAAUUCUGGUGGAUACUCAAUUUCAAUAGAUAACGGUAACACAUGGAGAAAGUUGAAGUAUUCUGAUAAGGGGAAUAAAAAUCCUAUCAAAUGUCAAGAUGAAAAUGAUUGCAACUUAGAACUUUUAAUCCCACAGAUAUUUCAUGGUCCUACUGCUGGUAUCCUUGUAAUGCUUGGUCAUAUCAAUGAUAAUUUUUCUGACCAACAGACUUUUAUAUCAAGAGACGGAGGUCUUAAUUGGGAAAUGGGACUUGAGUUUCCAGGGAUUUAUGCUACAGGUGAUCUCGGUAACGUUAUAGUUGCAUGUCCAGUUGACCCAUCUAGUGACAAUGACCCGCAAAGCGAAAUAUAUUAUUCUUUAGAUCAAGGUAUGACCUGGAGUGAAUACCAGCUCGAUGAAAUGUUUAUUCCUAUCGAUGUCAUAAACAUUACCCCUGAUGGUUCAGGGUUAUCAUUUAUAUUAACUGGGUUUUCUUUAGAUAAACCUGAUGACCAAAGACCCAAUAUUGACAACAGGGUCACAUACCUAAUCGAUUUUAACAACGUUCACGACGGUAAGAAGUGUAAAGCAAAAGAUUAUGAGAAGUUUGAAUUAGCAGAAGGUUCUUGCAUUAAUGGCGCGAAAUACACUUUCAACAGAAGAAAGCAAUCAGCAAAAUGUAUUGGUGGGGAAGUUUUUAAGGAUUUACUAUUUGAUAUGGAAGUUUGUACAGAGUGUCAGGAGCAAGAUUAUGAAUGUUCAUCGGAGUUUAUUAAGGAUUCAAAGGGUGUAUGUGUUGUUGAUGAAAAAUGGCUUAGUGCUACUGGUAACUGUCCGUCUACUGAUAUUAAGAAGCCAGCAAUGAGAUUGAUUGCAGAUAAUAUGUGUAAAAAGGAAUUACCAAUUCAAUCUAAAUCAGUAUCAUGUAAAAAUAAGAAUCCAAGUGAUCCAAAGGACAUUCCAAAGAAGCCGAAGGAAGGUGACAGACCGACAUUUGGUACCGGUGAUAUUCAAGCUACAUUUAACACAUUCAAAGGAAAAGUUAGAUUUUAUCAAUACUUCGACACAGAUGAGGACGAAUCCUUAAUCUUGGCAACAUCCGAGGGAGAAGCGUAUAUAUCUCAUGAUAGCGGUCAAACAUACACCCAUUUUAAUUACAACAAGCCUAAAGUUCAUGAAAUUGUGUUCAAUGAGUACUUCAAUUCUUCUGCAUACAUAUUUGAUAUCGAUGGAAACUUGCACGUUACACAUGAUCGUGGGUAUACAUUUGAUACAAUUAGAUUACCAGCAAGUCUACAAUUAGGAUUGCCAUUAAACUUCCACUCAAAGGACCCUAAUACUUUUAUAUAUUAUGGCGGUAAAAAUUGUAAGUCAAUUUUUGAUACAAAUUGCCAUAUUGUGGCUUUUAUAACUAGAGAUGGGGGUAAAUCAUUCUCUGAACUUCUACCAAACGCAAUACACUGUGAAUUUGUUGGCUCGUCUCUAAAACUGUCUGAUAGCGAUGAUUUAUUAUUCUGUCAAGUUAAGGAUGAAACAAGUUCAAAAACACGUCAAAGAUCCUUAGUGUCUACCACCGACUAUUUUGAAACCGAGCCAAAGGUUGUAUUUCAAAAAAUUCUAGGUUACAUGACGAAUGGUGAGUAUGUGAUCAUUGCAGUACCCGGAGAAAAUCAUGAAAUAACGGCUUAUGUUACAAUGGAUGGUGAUGAAUUUGCCGAAACUUUGCUACCAUAUGACUUAGAUAUUGAACAACCUGAAGCUUUCACUGUCUUAGGAUCAAGUACUGGUUCGGUGUUCUUGCAUUUUACCUCAUUUCAAGAAAAUAGUGUUGCUUUUGGUAGCUUGUUGAAAUCCAAUACAAAUGGUACAUCAUAUGUAAAAUUGCAGUCCAAUGUUAAUAGAAAUGAAGCAGGUUAUGUUGACUUUGAAAAGGUUCAAGGUCUAGAUGGUAUUAUUCUAACAAAUGUGGUUACUAACGCUGACGAAAUAAAGGAUGGUAGUAGCCAGAAACAUCUACGAACUAAGAUUACAUUCAACGAUGGGGUUGAUUGGGAGUAUAUUAAACCCCCAAAGAAAGACAGCUCUGGUGACAGUUACCACUGCAAAUCUAAUAAGCUGGAGCAUUGUUCUUUGAACCUACACAGCUAUACUGAAAGAAAAGAUUUUAGGGACACGUUUUCAUCUGGUUCGGCAUUAGGUAUGAUGAUUGGUGUAGGUAAUGUGGGAGAUAAACUGCUACCAUUUGAAGAAUGCUCCACUUUCUUGACUAUUGAUGGGGGCAAGUCUUGGACUGAAAUAAAGAAGGGCGCGUACCAAUGGGAGUUUGGUGAUCACGGAGGUAUAUUGAUACUUUCGCGUGACGGAGAAAUGACUAACAGCAUAUCAUAUUCUACAGAUUUUGGGAAAAGUUGGUAUGAUUACCAAUUCAGUGAUGAAAAGGUAUUAGUUUCGGACAUAGUUACUGUUCCUCAAGAUUCAGCAUUGCGUUUCUUACUUAUUACUGCAGAUAGAAUAGGAAGAGGGUUUGAAUCAGGAACAGUAACUGUCGACUUUUCAGGAUUAUUCAAGAGACAAUGUGUUUUGGAUUUCAAUAAUGAAAAUCACGAUGAUUUUGAUUAUUUCUCUAUAGGAAAUUCUGAGAAUGAAUGCAUUUUUGGACACAAAGUUAAAUAUUUGAGGAAGAAUUCGGAAGAGUGUUACGUUGGUGCUGUAAGUUUAUCUCAGUUUACCAGAGUCAUGAAAAAUUGUACUUGUACGAGAGCUGACUUUGAAUGUGAUUAUAAUUUUGUUAGACAAUACGAUGGAACUUGUAAACUGGUUGAUGGCCUACAACCAGGGAAUGAGGCAGCUAUAUGUAAGAAGGACCCCGAUCUUGUAGAAUACUUCCAAUCAACAGGAUAUAGGAAAAUACCGCUAUCUACUUGCCAAGGUGGAUUGAAAUUGGAUGGCCGUACUGAGCCACUACCUUGUCCUGGCAAAGAAAAGGAGUUCAAGCAAAAGUAUGGUAUUAGUGGAUCAUCAUUUUUUUUGCUCUUCUUUGUUCCAUUUCUCUUUUUUGUUUCUGCUGGUUGGUUUGUGUAUGACCGAGGUAUUAGAAGAAAUGGCGGAUUUGCAAGAUUUGGGGAAAUACGUCUUGGAGAUGACCAAUUGAUAGAAGAGAACACAACCGAUAAAGUUGUGAAUACGAUUAUAAGAUUUGGUGUUGCUUCAUUUGAAGUUAUGGCAGGGGGAUUUGGUAUAAUACGUCGCAUUGCUAACAAUAGUUUUAACAGAAUUACUGGCCGAAUGAAUGGACGGUACAGACCAUCUUAUUCGAACUUAAUGCAUGAUGAUUUCCUUGACGAAGCUGAUGAUUUGUUAGCCGGCCAUGACGAUGACGCUAACGACUUAGCAAGUUUCAUGGAUGACGACAGCAACUUUGACAUCGAAGAUGAGACUACUUCAGUAAAUGACUCUGGGUAUAGAGACCAAUCACCUGAAACAGAAAAUGUAGUUGACUCGAAUAACUGA